AUGAAAAACGAGGAAACUUGGGAGAGCGUGCAGACAAAAACAUUCAUAAAAUGGAUAAACUCCAAGCUAGAAACCGGAGAAGAAAGAUAUAGACAGGAGGCCAUCAAUGUUCCUUUUGUGUUUGAUCGGAUAAGCCAUCUCAGAGAGCUGCGGGACGGGUUGACGUUGCACUCCCUUCUGUACUCCAUUACAGGUUCUAUUUUAAAGUUUAAUACAAAGCCUGUCCUUCGGGUGCAUAAAAGAGAAAACAUUGAAAAAGUGAUUGAUUAUUUGAAAUCCAGCAAAGUCGAAAUGAUCAACAUCGGCUCGGCGGACAUAGAAGAGGGCAGCACCAAGCUGACGCUGGCCCUAAUAUGGAGGUUUAUCCUGUUCUUUACAUUCCAGAUGGUGCGGGAGGGCUCGGACUUAAAGCCGUACAGCUCUGUCCAGAAGAAGGUUCUCAAGUGGUGCCAGAUGAAGACAGCUCCGUACCCCGGGAUUUCUGUGAAGAACUUUGAAAGCUCUUGGAAAGACGGAAAGGCAAUUUCGGCCUUGGUGCACUCGGAUAUCGGAGGAUUUGUCUACGACGAAGGAACUCCGCACGAGCUCGCCUCCAGAGCGCUGGGGCUUGCCCACGAGCACCUCAAAGUUCCCGUGUUGAUCACCGCGGAGGACUUGGUCGAGGGCAGAUGCGACGAGAAGUCUCUGCUGACGUACCUGCUGGAGUACUAUGCAGCCUCUGUCAAGAACGACGGAGAAGUCAAAAGAAUUCUCACAGCCAAGGCAGUCCACCACGCGUCGCAGUCCAUCGAAUACGCAGACAAGAAAAUUGGAGAGCUGUCCUCUUUCCUCGCGAAGGAGGUCCCGGAUCUGGAGAAAAAGAAGAAAGAGCUUGACGCAGUCUACAACAGAGUCAGGCUCGCAGAGAAGGACGCUGUUUGCGCAAUCGUCUCAUAUAUUAUUCAGCGAGACAUACUAAACCGGAUAAAGAGCCCGUACACGCCGGUAGCUGCCUCGCUGCCGAAGUCGUUCAAGGCCCUGCAAGUGGUCGGAGUCUUCGACGCAGUGAGCGUGCAGGAUACCCUUAGAGGAUGGGGCAUCACCGAAGGAACCAUAGGAGAAAGCGAAUACCAGCAGGCGUUUGCAAACAUGCUCAAUGAGCUUCUGGAGCUCUCUGCAUGCGUGACGCUCACAGCAUCGCUGGAAAUACUGAAGCACAUCCAGGCAACGCUUGAGGAGGUGGUCUUGUCCAAAAAGCCCUCCGAAGACGGAAUGCUUUCGUUUUCCGGAAUGGAGGCCAGCCGGUGCAUGCGGGAGCGGCUCUUCUGGGGCCUCCAGGAGGUGAAGGACGGAGUCAGGCGAUUUAUGGACAUAUUCUCAGACGGACUUGCCAGAGAGCGCGCUUCCAUCAGUAAGCCCAUCUCUUUGGAAAUGCACGCGUUCCCCAUCCCAGGCCCACACAAGCGCGAGUGGAGCCUCCUGGGCGGACAGGACAUGUAUUUGAGGAUAGUCGCCGACGGUAUGGCUGCUGCCGGCACAAAGGAGUUUACGUCUAUUGCUCCUGACUUGGAUAAAUAA